AUGCCAGCCAUCGUAGCCAACGAGUUGCAAGACAUGCAAUUGCGGUCGGCCCACGUAACGGACGAGUCUCUGGAGAGCACCCGUCGGAUGAUCGAACUCUGUGAAGGGACAAAGGAAGCAGCCAUCAAAGCUCUAGUUGAGUUAGAUGAUCAAGGCGAGAAAAUGGACAGGAUCGAGGAGGGGAUGGAUCAAAUAAACGCGGACAUGAAGGAAGCGGAGAAGAACCUUACCGGCAUGGAGAAAUGUUGUGGUAUUUGCGUGGUGCCUUGCAACAAGUCGACAUCUUUCAAAGAGGACGAAGGCACGUGGAAGGGAAACGAAGAUGGAAAAGUAAUAAACAAACAACCGCAGCGUGUGAUCGAGGGGCCGAACAUUACGCCACAGGGUGGAUACAUAGUGAAGAUUACAAACGACGCUCGAGAAACGGAAAUGGAUGAAAACUUGGGACAAGUGAACACGAUGAUUGGUAACUUGAGAAACAUGGCGUUGGAUAUGGGUUCCGAGCUUGAAAAUCAAAACCAGCAGAUCGAAAAAAUCAGCACUAAGACAAAGUCAAAUGAUUUGCGGAUUUCAGCGGCCAACCAAAGGACCAGAAAUCUUCUUAAAUAA